UGACCCAACCAAAGUGGUACUCUGCCCUUCCCAUUUCCUGUCACUAUCUCUCGUCUCCUUUCCUCCCCUCUCUUCCCUCCUAUAUAUAUAAAUACUUCGUUCAGCCUAGUCUCAAGACCUCUUCUUCUUCUGCUGCUGCAACAUCACUAGCUCAUCUUUUUCUUGGAUGUUCUUGAUCUUAGCCUCUCUGAUUCAUUUGCGAGAGGCUGGCUAUAAUCUCCACUCCUUCGAUGCAGAUCUUCAUGGAAUCAUCUGACUGGCUAAAGAGCGUCGUUCGCGAGGACGGCGGAAUGGACUUCUCCUCGACACCCGGGGAGCUGCUUUCAUGCUCGAGGCUGCCAGUCGGUGACAGAAGGUUGAGGCCGCAGCAGGAGCAGGCCAAGUGCCCCAGGUGUGACUCGACUCACACCAAGUUCUGCUACUACAACAACUACAGCCUCUCGCAGCCGAGGUACUUCUGCAAGGCGUGCAGGAGGUAUUGGACUAAAGGCGGAGCUCUCCGCAAUGUCCCGGUCGGCGGCGGCUGCCGAAAGAACAAGCGCCCGGCAGCCAAGAAGGCAGCCGAACCACAUCGUCAGCCGGCCUUCUCCUUGCCGGGCGCAACCGAUCUACAAUCCUCCUUCAACGGAGCGCAACCGCAACAGUUCCCCUCAUUGACUGAGAUCCCAGGCAACCUAAAUUUUGCGGAAUGCAAGUACGAUUCAGAGCUCGGGAGCUUCUCUAGCGGUCUUCAUCCCAUGCGCACCAAGUACGGAGCCAUGCAGGGGAGCUCUCAGAGCUUCGUCUUCGUGAGCGAGGGUGACAUAGGUCUCGGGGUUGCAACCCAGGGUUUCCCGUCAGAUGACAACACGCGUGAGGUGUUCAUGGAUGGAAGCCAUGCGGUACUGAUGCAGGCUUGUCAGAGGAUAGAGGACCCUUUUGGACAGAACAGGAACACAAACACGGAAUUCUUGCGCUUGCUUGGCAGGAACAGUGGUGUCCAGAUGGUGGACGUCACCCAAUGGGGUACUCCGACUGCCUCGGAUCAUGGGCCGGAAUCAUGAAUGGAUGCAGGGGGUUUCCUUUGAGUCUGUGAAAUCUUUCCUCCCAAGUGACCUCCGGUAUCUGAACAGAGAUGAAGAUGACCAUGGAGGAAAGUCCUACAAAUUUGAUGUGCGUUCCUGCCUUUUCUUGCUGAUGAUCUAGCGAGAGUUGGAAGUUUAAUAUUUAUGACUUUUAUUUCCAAAAUCAAUGAUGUUUGUGUUGGUUUGUAUUAGCGGUGUAAGUUUGGAUGGAAGCAUUAACAAACCAA